AUGGUUAGAGCAAGAAUACAAGAACCAAAUACAUUAUUUUUUUCACCAUGCACAUUUCCAUCACCACUCUAUGAACCUCUUCAGUUUCGAUCGCAUUGUAAUCUGAUGCCUCAUCUUCCGUUCAUUUGUGAUUUACAUCAACAGCUUAGCAAUUCAGGUUCCACAGUUAUUCUAGAAGCAUUUGAAAAAUUGAGGUCAGUGCUGGUCAGAAAUGAUUCUUCGCAUUCAUUGGGUAUACUCAUUGUACGCCAAUUAGCACCUCCAACAAGUUCAUCGGUAGUGUACAGCAAUAAACAGGAAUACGGUUGCUUAUUUGAAGAUGAUUGCAUUCGUAUGGAUGCUGAGAAGAUACAACAAUUCGUAAUUAGCGCUCGAACUUUUGUAAAGAUUUAUGUUACGACUUUGUAUAAACGCUGGUUUCUUGAGGAUACAACAAGCAAUCAACCAAACAUUCUUGCUGUAAUCAUUCUUGAUGGCUUGGUGAACGAUGUUCGAAAACUACCUUACGUAAAAAUUUACACCGGUUGGCCGUUGCAUUUGGUAAUUGCUGAUCUAAUCGAGCAACUCGGUCAUUCACUACGGGAAUUCUGCCUUUUGGAUGGUGGUACCCGAUUACAUGUCGUGCCUACCUGGGCAAUUCACAUAUUUCUCUUCUGUGCUGUCCUGUUUUUUUUUGCAAUUUUCAUGGAAUGGUAUAUUGUCAGGCGAAAAAUACCACAUAAACGUUGUGUUACUGGCAUUCAAUUAAAUGCUAGUAAAAAAAUCACUUAUCAGCUGGAAGCGAUCUUUCGGAAAUAUGCCUACAAGCAUGAUCAUGGAAUAGUGCGUCUCUGGUUCGGCUUGACACCAACGUUAUUGCUGACAAGAUCACCAAGUGCUAAAGUCAUACUGGAAAAUACGGCAUUAACAAUUAAAACGGAUGACUAUGAAUUUUUAAAACAAUUAACAGGUGAUGGGUUAUUGGCAGCAUCCGGUGAAAAGUGGUUCAAAGCAAGACGGAUGUUAACGCCAACAUUUCAUUUCAAUAUUUUGCAUAAAUACGUUGAAGUAUUUAAUGAGCAAUCAAAAAUUUUGCUAGAAAUUUUGAAUAGGCAUUGUGACACUAACGAAACUUUUGAUGUGUUACCUUAUUUACGAUGCUACGGGUUGGAUAUUAUUGCAGAAACGGCUAUGGGUGUAGGAAUUAAUGCACAAAAAAGCGAUUUUGGAUAUUCAUGCAGCAUGGGAUUACAGUCAGCGGAGGAGUUAAUGUGGGCAGGAAUCACGUACCCGUGGUAUUGGUUUGCACCCAUUCGUUGGCUUUCCGGCUUCACUUGGAGAUUGAAGCGCUCCUGUGAUGUCUAUAAAAGACUGACCAAAAAAGUAAUAGCAGCAAAAAAGAAGGAAUGGGAAAGUUUGGAUAAUCAGCCAUCGAUGGAGAAUUUAUCCGCCAGCGGCAAGAAGCAGCUCAAUUUUUUAGAUUUACUCUUCAGCAUUCGUGAUCAGUACAACUUGACCGAUGAAGAUAUUUGUGAUCAGGUUAACACAUUCAUGUCCGCAGGAAGUAAUGGAGUAUCGGCACAAAUUGGUUUCAACUUAUUUGCAUUGGGACAUCGACAGAAUUAUCAGGAAAAGGCAUACGAAGAAAUUAAACGUGUUCUCGGGGAAACGGAACAUGACAUUACUUUCGAUGAUAUCAAAGAGCUCAAGUAUCUGUAUCAGUGCAUAUGUGAGACGAGCCGUAUAACGCCAAAUGUGAUAGCUAUAGGGCGCAAAUUACACAUCGAUCUUGACAUUUGUGGCUAUACGGUGCCAGCAGGUACCAUUUGCUACGUAUCGCUAUUUGCUGUCAUGCGAGAUCCAAAGCAUUAUGACAAUCCAGAAGAGUACGAUCCCGAGCACUUUGCUCCUGAAAAGGUGAAAAAUCGUGAUCCAUUCGCUUAUCUGCCAUUUUCUGCAGGAAUUCGAAAUUGUAUAGGCAGUAAAUUUGCUAUAUUCGAAAUGAUGGUGACAUUGGCUCAUAUUUUGAGACGUUAUCGUGUCAUCUCAAUGCUACCGGAAGCAGAAAAUCGACCAAUACCGGGACUUUCCCUGAAACCAAGCAAGGGUUUUCCGAUUCGUUUGGAAAGAAGAUGA